UCCAAACAACAUGGAUAGAAACACUGUGUACUGCCUGCUGUGCAACAAGCCCCAGCUGUCCAUUUGGAAUCACCUGAGCAGAGUGUGCCUGAAAGACGGCACAGCACAGGAGAGGGAGCAAGAAGCUUCCAGAGCUAAAGCCUCCCAGAAGCUGUUUUCCAGGGAAGGUCGACUCUGGAGCGUCUCGGAGCUGCAGGAGUUUUGCAAGGACGCAACAUCUUGCACCAAACUCUGCAGUCGUCUUCAGAGUCGUGGCUUUAUCAUCACAGACACUCCCCAAACCUUCCCAACACAGAGCUUUGAUAAGAAGGAAAUCCUCGCCCUGGCCAAAAAGGACAUCGAGUAUUUCCACCAAAAGCUUGUAGGCGGUGAUUGCAUCCCCAACGUUGCCAUGACAACGUUCAGGCAGUACGGCGAGGCCAUCCUGAUGUUACAGCACGGACUGACAGCAGGUGCUGUUCAGGAACUUUCUGUGCAGGACUGGAUGGAGCGAAGGGCAAGCUUGAGGAUGACCAUCCAGGAAGAAGAACUGUUGGAGUGCUACUUUAAGAACAUCCGCCCAGUGUACUUACAAAACCAAAGAGCUGGCAGUGACGACGGGGGCAGGUUCUUCCUGGGAGAAGGUGGGGUCCCUCUGACCAACCCAACAGGAGAUGUACAGCGCCUGAGGGCCAGAUACCUGCGCAGCGACACUGAGGAUCCUGCGGCUGGGUCAGCAUCACACUCAGCAGGAGGAGUAGAAACCUCGGGACAGGCCAGGUCCAUUUCCACAAAGCGCCUACCACUCCGAGAAUGGGAUGCCUUCCAGCGGACCUUCCCAGUAACCCUAAAUGGAGAGCCACCUUCAAAACGCCGGUGUGUACAGGCUGGUUUUCCACACUACCGAGCCCACUACAAAAGGUGGAGGGAGCUUCAGCUUAAGCAGAGAGUUCAGCACAUCCUCGUAUUCCUCACGCCUCGCUCUGGGACAGGGUGUGCCAGAAGAAGCAACGCCCCUCAGCGUGCAAGAGUACAGACGGCAUUAGAUAAGGAGACCUGGAGCACCAACAAGCCCACUGUUGAUGCCGUCCUACGGGCCUGGGUUGCUCCACAGCCCAGGAUCCAGGACAGCCCGUCCCUCAUGUCCUCGAUUUCAGAGCAGAAAUGGAAGGGCCUGGCUUUGAAGGACUUCGGGGAGGAAAAGGGCAAAGGUGUCAUCGCCCUGAUGCCCUUCAACAAAGGAGACGUCGUCUGCGACUACCACGGGACGUGCAUCACCAAAGCUGCAGGGAAUCAGAGGCGGCAGUCAGGGUCUCUCUUCUUCUACAGGGACGAGUGCCACAGGGCUGAUGCCACUGCGUCCCCCUGUGCCUGCCACCUGCACAAGGACUCCUAUGGAAGGCACAUGAACCAUUGCCAAAGGAAUCCAAACGUGAAGCCACAAAGGUUCACCAUGAACUUCCCUGCUGGUCCUCGGGAGAGUGUGCUGUUCAUCGCCCUGAGGGACAUCGUGGUUGGAGAGGAGCUCCUGUGGGACUAUGGAGUCUAGAGAUGGCACCGUGUUUUAUGUCCCAUAUCCUACAUUUGGAUUUCUGCCCACACCGACAUGACUCCAAUAGUGUAUUUUAUAAUCAAUAAAACUGUGUGUGUUUUUUUUAUAUAUUGCUGCGUUUUGUAUAAGUUCAAACUCAAACUAAAGCUGUCCUGUUAUAUAUCUUUCUCAGAGGUGAAAUGCCGGUUGACUCGGUCCAUCCCUGAUGGAGUCUCCCAUAAAUCCUUUGGCUGGACAUUUGACUUGUCUUUAUUUUUCCUUUGUUUGAUGCUUUGCUUGGCUUUUGUUGUCUCUGACCUUUUCUGAUUAAAAGAAAAUUGAGCUCACAGGACACCAUGUUGCCUCAGCUGAUGCAGUCCUCUUUGCAAUAAUGUUUAUUUCCAAAGGAAUUUC